GCGUUAAACGCUCGCUGCCCCGCCGCGCUCCGUCCGGCCCGGUGACGCGCUGCGCCCGCUCCCUUCGUUCCCGGCUCGGUCACCGUAGGAUGCGGGGUUGUGCCGGUCCCGGCCCGUUGGCGGCUGACAUCGGCGCGGUGCCACAUCGCUGCGAGGCCGAAGUUAGCGAGCACCCAGCCGCGGGGUGGGGGCGGCUUGUGAGCAAAGUUUGUGUUCCAUCAGGCUGUAGCGGUGAGCAUCACACAGCUUAGCAUCGUGUAUCGUACAAAAUCGGCAAAGUUUUCUGUCGUCGUGUUUCUGUGUACAACCUUUAGUCUACGUGAAGUACUUGCGUUGGGGUAAUAUGGUCGUUAUAAACUGACAAGUCAUGGUGGUAAUGAAAAACAAACUGUCCAUCCAAGCAGGCUGCCAUCAGUGCUGUAGAACUCUGGCCCUUUAAGUGAGAUCUCACCUACAGUCACGUUCUGAUUUUUUGCCUUCCCUCCCUCCUAGCACGUAAUUUCAUUAUGAAGGUUGUGUCAUGGAACUUCGCUUUGAGACUCGUGGGGAAUGAACACGCACCAGAUUUUAGGAAGAAGCCAUUUCGUGCUGUGUGGCUUAAUGAAUUUACACACGGACAAAUGCUUGGAGAGGAGGGCUGGGGUUUGUGCAGUAGUUGUUGUGAACGUAUCUUCUGUGGGAAAGCCCGGAGUGUUUGUGCUGUGGAAGGAGGGGAGCCAAAAAUAGAAGAGCUCCUUGGGAGAAACCAUUUGAGUUACUGUAUAACAGAAGUGUCCUACUGUUUCCAAAAAUACCACACAGGUUUGUUUUAAUGUGGAAGUGGAUCUCAGAGCUUAAUGCAGAAAAAACAAACAAAGGAAAAAAGGAUGUCAAGCGUGGUCUUCCUAGAUUUUGAAGAAGGACCACUGCAAGGAGCCAUGGACAUUUGUUGUGAGUUAUAACACCGUAAUUCAAAGAGCCUAGUAUAAAUGUAUUUAAUGGACAGACCAGCAACAUGGAUGAUUUAGUGAUAAAUACUGAAGUUACUGGUGCUAAAGAAGAAGAAGAGGAAAUCCUAUGUGAUUUUGUAUCUGAGGAGGAAGGUGGCAUUCCUGAAUCACAAGAGAGUGACGCGUUGUUUCAGAAAAACAAUACAUUGACUCUGCCUGAGGAGCUAUCCAGGGACAGAUCUGAAAAAGCCUUAAGUGGAGGCCAGACUUCUCUAUUUAUACACACUGGUGCUCCUACUGUUUCUAGUGAAAACUUUAUCUUGUCUAGAGGAACUGCUGUUAAUGGACCAGUUUCACACUCCACCUCAACAAAAACUUCCAUUAUGAAUAAAGGCAGUGUUUCACUAACCACUGGACAGCCUGUAGGUCAUCAUACAGAUUCCUGCUCAACUUUGACGGUGGUUCAUGAUCUUCAGCUGCCUGCAAAGAGUACAACAGAAAAUUCAAAUCAGCACCAAGUUUUAUUUUUGUUACCUGAUGUAGCACAUGCUAAGAACAUGACUCAUUCCAUUAAAAAUGUACCUACCUCUGCUUCAGUUGGUUGUGAUUCACAGAAAUCAGUAGGAAAUAGUGUAGACAGCACUUUAGUAGGCCAAGUAGAAGUUUGUGAGGAUGAUAAAAAUUUACUGGUAAAAGACGAUUGUGUUGAUGCAUUAACAGGCAUUUCCUCAGGUACAGGUGGUUUCAGAUCGGGAUGUGAACCCAGCUGGGAUCCACAAAAAGAGUUUAUACAGUUUCUUAUGACAAAUGAAGAAACAAUAGAGAAGUCUCCCAUUCACUGUAAAGUAGGUUUAGAAAAAAAGAGAAAAAGAAAAAUGGAUGUUAGUAAAAUAACACGCUAUACUGAAGACUGUUUUGGUGAUACUACUUAUAUCCCUAGUAAGUCAAAACUGCUAACUGUUGACUUCUUAGAACAGAAUGAGGAGCUACAAAUAGUAGAACCUCAGAAGUACUCAUUAAGUAAAGUAAAGCCUGAAUCCACCGAUGAAGAGCUGGAAGCUGUUGAUGCUAUCCAGCAGCUCAUUUACAGUCCCACUGGUAGCUGUGCAGAGGAUGCUUCUCCUGUUCACACUAGCACUUUUCUUUCCAAUACUUUAAAAAAUAAAUGUGAACAGAAUGAUUCUGAAUCACCAUCUACCUUCAGUACUGAUGAACCAUCAUUUUAUCCCUGUACAAAGUGCAAUGUGAAUUUUAGGGAGAAGAAACAUCUGCAUAGGCAUAUGAUGUACCAUUUAGAUGGGAACAGCCAUUUCCGACAUCUCAAUGUCCCCAGGCCAUAUGCUUGUAGGGAAUGUGGAAGGACAUUUAGAGAUCGUAAUUCACUUCUUAAACACAUGAUAAUUCACCAAGAAAGAAGACAGAAACUGAUGGAAGAAAUCCGCGAGCUGAAAGAGCUUCAGGAUGAGGGUAGGAGUGCACGAUUACAGUGCCCACAGUGCGUAUUUGGUACCAAUUGUCCCAAAACGUUUGUACAGCAUGCAAAGACCCAUGAAAAAGAUAAAAGAUACUAUUGCUGUGAGGAAUGCAAUUUCAUGGCUGUGACAGAAAAUGAACUUGAAUGCCAUCGAGGGAUUGCUCAUGGAGCAGUAGUCAAGUGUUCUGUUAUUGGUAGUGACAUGUCCCAGAGGAAGUCACAGAAGAAGGCAUCCAUGAAAGAUCCAUAUUUAGGAUCCUCAAAGAAGUCAUCGACGUACAUGUGUAAGAUGUGUCCAUUUACAACUUCAGCUAGAAGCAUUUUAAAAAAACACAUGGAAUAUUUGCAUCCAGCAUCUUGCAUCGAUCCCUUUGGUAGCCAUCUUAGACUAGAAAAAAGGAAAGGCAGCAUAAUAGAAGAAUCUUUAGAUUUUGGUAGCAGGACAAAACAGUUGAUCAAGCAAUCUUCUACGUUUCCAAAGAACUCAGUUUUAAAACAAGAUGUAAAACGAUCAUUUGGCUCUACUUCACAGUCCGGUAACUUCGGAAAACUCCACAAGAGACCCUACAGGAUACAGAAGGCUCGGAAAAGCGUUUCACAGUCAUCUAGACUUAACUCUGCUGAAAAAAAAGACAGCUAUGAAACGGAGGAUGAAAGUUCAUGGGAUAAUGCUGAACUGUGUGAUUACACUACGCGGUCUGUGGAGGAUGAAUCUUACAGUGAUAUUAAUCAGGAGCAUGUAAGCCUAUUCCCCAUUUUCAAAGGUAAAAUGGAAGAUCAUGAAGCUGGUGAUAAAUCUUCACUUAGUUAUGAGCAGAAUGAUGGCUUUUAUUUUGAGUAUUACGAAGAUGCUGAGAGUAGUAACUUCCUGCAUGAUUUGCAUGAUGCGCAGAAUUUAGAAAAUGUAGGAUCUGCAUUGCCAAAGCAUAAUUCAGUUUUCCAUUGGACUGAUUUGUCACUUGAAAAGAAGUCCUGCCCAUACUGCCCAGCAACCUUUGAAACAGGUGUUGGAUUGUCCAACCACGUCAGAGGACACCUUCACAGAGCUGGAUUAAGUUAUGAAGCCCGUCAUGUUGUUUCACCAGAACAGAUAGCAACAAGUGACAAAAUGCAGCAUUUUAAAAGAACUGGAACAGGAACUCCUGUUAAACGUGUUAGAAAAGCAAUUGAGAAAUCUGAAACUUCCUCUGAGCACACGUGUCAGCUUUGCGGAGGCUGGUUUGAUACUAAAAUUGGAUUGUCAAAUCAUGUGAGAGGACACCUGAAGAGGCUUGGCAAAACCAAGUGGGAUGCACACAAGUCUCCGAUCUGUGUUUUGAAUGAGAUGAUGCAAAAUGAAGAGAAGUAUGAAAAAAUACUAAAGGCUUUGAAUAGUCGCCGUGUUAUUCCCAGACCCUUUGUUGCUCAGAAAUUUGCAUCAAAUGAUGACUUUUUAUCUCAGAAUGUUUUACCUCUCGAAGCAUACCAUAAUGGCCUAAAGACUGAAGAUAUAUCUGUGUCUGCAUCAGAGGAAGAAGGGCUGAGUUUCCUAAAUGAAUGUGAUGAAACAAAAGCAGUACUACAUAAUGAAAAAAAAAAUCAGUCACUUACACUGAUAGAACUUCUGAAAAAUAAAAGGUUAGGAGAAGAAAGGAGUCCUGGUAUUUCUUCUCAAAAGAUUCAUAAUCAAACUGCGAGAAAGAGGUUUGUUCAGAAAUGUGUUCUUCCAUUAAAUGAAGACAGUCCAUUGAUGUAUCAGCCACAAAAAAUGGACUUGACUAUGCAGUCAGGUAUGCCUGUGAAGCUUAGAACGUGUGUGCAUUGCAAUACGACGUUUACAAGUGCUGUUAGCCUGUCCAACCACUUACGCGCUUAUGCACGAAAGAAGAGUGCUGGACUUUUGACUGGGACAGCUUUGGACUGUAAACAAAAGAAGUCAAGGUCAAGAUCUGGAAGCAAGAAAAAAAUGAUGCCAUUACCUCAUAGUGCUGAUGAAGUUUACAUACUCAGAUGCAGGUUUUGUGGUCUGGUCUUUCGAGGACCUUUGUCUGUGCAAGAAGACUGGAUAAAGCACUUGCAGCGACACAUUGUCAACGCAAAUCUUCCACGGACUGGAGCUGGCAUGGUUGAAGUCACAUCACUACUUAAAAAACCUGCUUCGAUUACUGAAACUUCAUUUUCUUUACUGAUGGCAGAAGCAGCAUCAUAGAACAAGAAAACAUUUUCAAUUUGAAUUGGAUGUAAAUUUGAAAUACUUUGUCAUUUUUUUAAAUAAAUUGUUACACUGAAUUAUGUUUAUAAAUCCUAAAAGCAAAAAUAGAGGAAGUGGAUUACGAUAACAUCAAAAUAAAUUGAAUACUUAACAGUUACAGUAAGUAGUCUUUAUAUUUUAUAUAGGGUGGAAGAUGUGUUUUUAAGGUUUAUUAUGUUUUUGUCAGUUACUGUGUUCACUAUCAGUACAAGACCAUUACAUGUAUGGCAGCCAUUUUUAAAUCAUUGCACAUGGGUACUUAAAAGACAGAUUUUAAUAAAAUAAAGAAACCAUGUUCUCUGCAGUGUUACCCAAAUCGAGGCUCUGUUUAUUCCAAAAAAAAUAAAAAAAAAAAUUAAAAAUUAAAAAAAAAAUAAUUACAUAGUAAAAUAAGAUAUUAUAUUUUGUUUGUAUGUAUGUAGUGUUUUGUAUGAUAUCAAGAACUGCUAAUACAAUUUACUCAGCUUUAGGGCAUUAAAUACCAUGUUACUUCAUAGUUCAAGAGACUGUUUCAUUCAAAUAGGGCAAUUAGUACUCUUCUAUCUAGGUGUGUAAGUGUUUUUUUUAAAUCACAUGAGGCUUUUUGUACUAAAAAGUGGAGGGAAACUUGUCUAAACAAAUUUCUAAGAUACGUAUGUACAUAAUACUGGAAAUUUGUGGUAAGGAAAUAUUCUUUACUUCAGUUGCAUUUCUCACUGACAAUAAAGUGGUGCAUCCAUGCUACCUCCUACUUGUCAACAAAGAUGGUAUUUACCCUUAUGUUUUUGUAUCAUAGUAGAUUCGAUCCAACUUUCUUUAUUACAAAGCAUCUUUUUGUUAACAAGUUUGUUCUUUAUGAUGAUUUACUUAAAGUCUGACUUGCUUACAGGAGUUUGCCUCUCUACUAUUUUAUUUAACACUGUAGAAAUGUACUAAUAAGCAUUGCUCACUACACGGUUAGAGUAGCCUUUUCAUUUAUAAUUCUGUUUAAAAGGUUGAUCAUUUUAGAAGAUUUGAACACAGGUUGAAAUGUUUCUACAUAUGAAGAGAAUGUUUACAACUUAAAUUUUAGAGCUUGUUUUGGAUGUGAUUAUAUGUAUGAAAACUGUAACACUAUGCUCAUGCUAAGGACCUACUUACAGAAUUACUGAAAUAAAUGUGCUGUGAGGAUGGAAAUAUGGUGCAGGUGUCUUGGUCAUGCUGAAUUGUGUUUGUUCAUUCAAACUGUCUUUGAAACAUGAUUUUUGUUUAAAUCAUAAGUCAGAUUCCUCCACAAAUCAAUUUUGUAUGCAAAUAACAUUUCAUUUUACUCACAUAGGGUAACAAAUACUGUAGUUAAGCCAAGGAUAUGCAUUGAUAUUUUCCUUAUAUGUAAAUAAAGUUAAAAGCAGUUAAAGCAAGAGGAGUAUUUUGGUAGAGUAUAUACAUACCUCACUGCCAGUGAAAUUGCUUUCCUAUGGUAUAUCUCCUUACCAGAAAAAUCUCUAAAUAAAAAAGGUUUAAAGAAAAUCUAAAUGUCUAUAAUGUGAAGCAUUUAUUUACAUUGUGUGAAUUAAGUUUGUGAAAUGGAUUUGUCUUGCUUGAAAUUGAAAUAUUCUCAUUAUCUUAAGUAAAAAUAAGUUUACUUGCAAUAAAAUGACUUGUUCAGACACGUUA